AUGCCACAAACAAAACAAGCAAAAGAUCUUAUGUUAAAUAAAUGUCAAGAUUAUUAUCGUAAUACAUAUCAAUCAGAUGAAGCUAUUCAUUGGUAUAUUAAAGAUUCAUUUAUUUAUCGUUUAGUUAAUCGUGCAUUUCGGACAGAAAAUAUAACAUUAUGGUAUUUAUUUCGUUUUUAUAUUAUUGAUCUUUGUAAACAAUUAGAAUUAAUUCAUAAAGAACAAAAUAUUCAAACAUCAUUAAUACUUUAUUGUGGUCAAAGUCGAAUGUCAAUUAACGAAUUUAAUUAUUUAAAAUCAAAUAUUGGUUCAUUUAUUUUAGCAAAUGGAUUUUUUUCAUCAACAACUGAUAUUCAAAUUGCGAAUAGUUUUCUUUUUAGUACAAUUAAUACAGAAGAUUAUAAAGUUAUUUUAUUUAAAAUUAUUGUUGAUAUUGAUAAAUAUGUUGGAUAUGUCGGUGAAUGUGAAAUUUUAUUUAGUAUUAGUUCAAUAUUUCAAAUAGAAAAUGUUGAUUUUAAUAAUGAAUUAGACGUUUGGCAAAUUUAUAUAAAAGCAAUUGAAACAAUAAGAAAAAGAUGUGGAAAUAAAGAAAAUAUUAAUUUAAUAUUUGAUCAAGCAUAUGAAUAUUAUUAUCAAGCUAUGAAAUAUUCAAAUAAUAAUCAAUAUAAUAUGGCUAUUAUUCAUAGUAAUAUAUCAACAAUUGAUUUAAUUAAUAAAAACUAUGAAGAAGCUUUAGAAUUUUCAAUGAAUCAACUUUUAUGGUAUGAAAAAUAUUUUCCUGAUUGUUAUUUAAGUAUUGCUAAUAUUUAUAUGGAAAGAAGUCAAUUAUAUGAUUAUAAUCAUUCAAAUCAUAUUUCUUAUUUAGAAAAAUCAUUAAAUAUAUUUGAAAAUAAUAUUCAUAUUCAAUAUUUAAUAACAUAUCAAUGUUUUAGUUUUAUUGUGAAUUAUUAUUCAAACACAAUCAAUCAUUCAUGA